UUUUUUUUUGUUAUAAAUAAAAGCCACUUUUUUGACAUUUUUAUUGUUCGAAUGCAAAAGAUGGCUAGUGCAAUUAACUUUAAAUUACAACAAACAGACUCCAAUUUGAUUCGUAGAGGAGCAUUACAAUUUAUUAAAAAGAAUAAAACAAUUCAAACACCAGCAUGUAUGACUUAUACUCUUCGUGGCUCAGUACCCCAUCUUGUUGCAGAUAAUUUGAAAUCAUUACCCAUUGAACUAGUUCAAGUCUCUUUAGAACAAUUGUAAAGAUUUUUUUUUAACGUAAAAAAAAGGGGGGGAGAGAGAGAGAGGGAAAAAGAGAGAUUGAGAAAAGAAUUAAAGGAUUAUAGUGACAUCUAAUUAUGUGCAUGUUUCUACAUUUAGCUUAGAACAAAAAGUGCCUUCAUCUUUUCAAUACCCUCAUGGUCUUCAUAAAUAUUUGCAUC